UGCUAAAACUAUUUUAACAUCCAAGGGACGCAACUAUCACUAGUUUAAUCUGUUGAUAAUUUCCAUGAAGAAGCUAUUGAUAGUUGUAUUUCUUUUAUUAUAGUACAUCCGACGUAUAUAUGUGUGUUUAAUAAAACUCCUAUAAAAUCUGUAGCCAGAUAAGCAAAUGAUUCUUACAAUUUUCUAUAUACUGUUUCCUACAUUUCGUUUCGAAAUAUUUUAGUACAGAAAUUUCGGACAGUGCAGAUUUCGGACAGAACAUAUAUAAAUAAUAAUAAAUAUGUGACGCGCUCAGCGAUUUUUUGCCCAAUUGAGUUUUUAAUUAUUGUGAGAAAAACGCUGGCAAAGGCACGCGAGUUUUCAUGUUUUAAUUUUUAGGGUUUCCUUUCAAAACAGAGUUUUUUUUAAAAAUAAACUUGAAAAAAAUCAAAAAUACUUUUUGAUCAGCCCCUUCUCAGCCUCCGCACGAUAAACAUGUAUUGGUUUCCCAAAAAUCUAUAUUUAGACUAAAUGCACUGUGUAAACUCAGGAGUCAGGUCAGCGAGUAAACACAUGUUGAUUCUCUACAGUACCGUUUACAGUACGUCACUACAUAUUUGGAGGUUUAAAUAAAUAUUAAGGUCAGCCAACAUACAUUAAAGAAUGUAAAGUAGAUAAUACCCAGCAUGUUGGAGACAUAUUCUUCAAGACCACAAGGAAAUGUACUGAACACAUAGAUAGUUCACCUAUUUGCUGAUGAAUAUACUAAACUAUUGCUGGAAAUGAGGCAGUAUGUGUGACAUCUAUGCCCUAUUGAGCACCAGGGUUAUGGAGUAAAAAAGACAAUAACUUAGUAUCAACUGCACAGUACUGGUUAAGAUAAAAAGCAAUUCAAUUGGGGUGGCAUGUGAGGAGUCAAUGACUUGUAGAAGACCUAUGUUUGACAGUAUACCAAAGUGAAUUACAUUCUCAUAGAAUUAAUGUCUUCAGAAGUAUCCCUGAAAAGCUGAAAACUGCAGUGGCAGAUGCUACAAUAUUUUUACUUCAUUGUGAAACAAGUUUAUGCAAGUUUAUGAAUCACUAUUUUUCUGCUUACAAAAACUGAAGGCAUAUGAGGAGACAUGGUUGUUAUUACCCUGUUUGGCUCAAACCCUCAAACUGGGGUUGCAAGACUUCAUUCAAGGACAAAAGUGAUCUGUCAUUUGUGACUUUCCAUGUGUUUGCAAAAAUCUGUUAUUAUGAUUGUUUUUAUUUAUUGAAAUUAUUUCAUCAUAGAAAUAUAUUAUGUAUAUAAAAUGUUAUUCAUAUUAUACAAUUUAAAAUACACUGAUCAAUAAGAAUAUGGUUACAUGGUCAAAAAUAUAAUCAGGAAAAUCAAGUACAAGAUCUUUCUAUUUUUUGGUUAAAUUUCAGAAAGACCUUUGAAAUUAUUAUGAAUACAAUUAUUUUAUAUGGAAUAUUUUUUAUAAGAUGCCAUUAUUUUAAAUCAUACAGUUUUUUGUGAUUUUUUUUUGUGUGCAUAUUUUUGUUACCAUGGCUACCAAAAAUACACUUUUUUGUAAUCAGUGCAUUAAAAUUAUCUGUUUUGUAUUGGAUUUAUAAUUUAUAUGCUAUCAUGCAACAGCUAUGUGUUUUAAAGUGGACUUACUUAAGUUAUGAAAUUAGUAAUCAUGGAAAAGUUACUGAAAUUCUGAGAAUUUAAUCCUUACAUUUAUAUUUAUUAUCAGUAACACUUAGGGAAAAGUGAAAAAUCCUUUUUUUUCUUUUUCUGAAAAAUCUUAAUUAGUGUUGUCUUUUAAAAUAAUAUAUGCAUUAAUUUGAUGAUAAAUUAAUCAUGUUAAAUGCAAAAAUAUUGCAUUUGAUGAUUUUUUUUGAUUUUUGUUGCCAUGGCAACCGAUUAUUGAAAACAAAUGAUAGUUUUUAUUUCAAGAUAUUACAUUUAUUACACCAAGAUGAAUGAUAACUUUAUGUUUUGUUUCUUUUAUUGUGUAUAACUAUGGAAUAAUUUCUAGUUUUAUAUACCAAUAAAAGUUUAAAAUGUUAUUUUUUGUUGUUAUGGUGAUUUCAUACAAAUUAGAAUAUUUCAUAAAAUGUUAAGUAUUUAAAAAAAAAAAAUUGUUGCCAGCUAUUCAGCCGAUGUUGUUCUACCACAAACUAGUCAUAACCCAUUUUCGACCAGAUAUCACAUUUGGGCCAAAACUCGCUGAGCUUGUCACAUAUAAUAAUUGUCAAUAAUAAUUGUGUUAAUUGUCAAGCUAUCAAACAAAUUUGAUUGUUAUAAUUAGUUAAGCAUGUUCUUUUGUAGACCUUUGCUUAAGAUCUUAAAAUGGCGACUGUUGAAGGCGCUAGACAAGUACGCCAGAGACGGGCAGCACGAUUGUUCAGGACUAGAGCAAGCCUCGACCAUUUGAGGGAUAGUGAGAUUCUGUCUCGCUAUCGUCUCACAAGAGAAGGUAUUAAUAGAUUGGUAAAUAUCUUGAGAGGAAAUUUAGAGAAGGAUACAAAUAGAUCACACUCCAUACCUAUUUUGACGCAGGUACUUAUUGGUUUGCGUUACCUGGCAAAAGGAGAUUUGCUGUCUGAGGUUUCAGACCUACAUGGUGUAAGCAGAUCCAGUGCUUGCCAUAUUAUUGACAAAUUUGUGGAAGCUGUUAAUGACAGACUUGACAAUAUAAGGUUUCCAAGUGGCAGAGACCUAAUUGAUGUGAAGCAGGGUUUUUAUCAAAAAUGUAAAAUACCCAAUACUGUUGGAGCCAUUGAUGGUACUCUAAUACCAAUUGUCACGCCUUCUGAAAAUGAGGAAGUAUAUGUAUGUAGAAAGGGCUUUCAUGGAAUCAAUGUACAGGCCACUGUUGACCAUAAGGCAAGAUUCACAGACAUGGUUUCAAAAUGGCCAGGAUCAACCCAUGAUUCUUCUAUAUUUGAAAACAGUUCCCUUAAAGUUCACUUAGAAAGGAAUCAGAUUGGCCACCUACUUGGGGAUUCUGGAUAUGCUUUGAAGAAGCACUUGUUAACACCGUUAUUAAAUCCUUCCAAUCAAAUGGAAUCAGAUUACAAUAAAGCUCAUUCUAGUGGUAGAAUGGUUGUAGAGAGAGCUUUUGGGAUGUUGAAGUCAAGAUUCAGGUGUCUGCACAGAACAGGUGGGGUUCUAUACAAGAAGCCAUGGAAGUGUUGCAAAAUUGUAUUGGCAUGUGCCAGGUUACAUAAUUUGUGCAUGGAAAAUAACAUUCCAUUGCCAGAAAACCAGAUUGUUUUUGAACAAGAUGAAGAAACAUUGGCAGGCAGUCCAGAUUCAAAUGCUGUAGAAUACCGCCAGCAAAUCAUUAAUCUUUUCAAUUAGA